AUGAGUGGAUUCAAAUCAAAUGAAAACGCUGUUGCAUCAUCCAAAUAUAUCGCAUCGCCAAAUAUUCGUCAACCACGACAACGUAUGGCACAAAACUACCUUUUUCUAUGGGUGGAUACCAGCAUCGACCAAAAAACCGAAGAUUAUGAAAAUACAGUAAAACAAAUACAAGCUAUUACUGGUGAUGUCAAUGUCUUUACGCAACUCGAUGCAUGCACCGACUUUCUUACAGAUUCUCAAGAAGACAUGAAGUUUUUUCUCGUUGUCAAGGAUACUAUGUUUCAACAAAUAAUGCCCCUCAUCAAUGAUAUUCCUCAGCUGGAUGGUAUUUAUAUCGUCAGUGAUAUUGAAAUCCUACAAGAAGAAUGGGCAAAAAAAUGGCAAAAAAUCAAGAGCAUUCAUACCAACAUCGAUGAUCUAUGUCAAGCAUUACAAAUCGGUAUCAAGCAGUUAAAUCAAGACUCAAUAGCUAUAAGUUUUAUCACGAUCGAUGAAAUGGCUUCAACUGAUAAUUUCAAUCAGUUGGAGCCAACAUUUAUGUAUACCCAGCUAUUCAAAGAAAUUCUCCUUGAUAUGGAUCAUGGGGAACAGGCCAUCAAACAGUUUACUACCUAUUGUCGAAAUUCUAACAGCGUAUCACGAAUCAGUAUUGACCGUUUUGAGAAAGAAUACAGUUCUCAAUUAGCUAUUUGGUGGUAUACUUACCCAUCCGAUAUCUAUUCUAUGCUCAAUUAUGGUCUUCGAACAAUGGAAGCCGAUAUAAUUAUUACAAUGGGUUUUUUUCUACGUGAUGUACAUCAACAAAUUAAACAGUUAUACGAGCAACAAGUCGAUAGUUAUGAAACAAAACCUUUUUUAGUUUAUCGAGGACAAGGUUUUAUGAAAUCAGAUUUUAAAAAACUUCAGAAAACAAAAGGUGGACUUAUGUCAUUUAACAGUUUCUUGUCCACCAGUAAAGAUAAAGAUGUGUCCCUUGGUUUUGCUCAAAGUGCUUCAACAAAACUGGAUACAAUGGGCAUUCUUUUUGUAAUGUCCAUUGACCCUUAUAUUGAAUCAGCACCAUUUGCUUUCAUCAAAGAAAUGAGUUAUUUUCACGAAGAAGAAGAAAUUCUCUUCUCAAUGCACACCGUCUUUCGAGUGAGUGCAAUUACACAAAUCGAUAAUAAGAAUCAACUUUAUCAAGUUGAAUUACAAUUAACGUCGGAUGAUGAUCCACAACUACGAUUACUUACUGAUCGAAUACGAGAAGAAGCUGGUGGUACCGGAUGGCACAGAUUGAGUGAACUAUUGCUUACAAUUGGUCAAUUUAAAAAGGCUGAAGAAUUUUAUAACGUAUUACUGGAACAGACAUCUGAUGAGAGUGAAAAAGCGCUUUAUUAUAAUCAACUGGGACAUAUCUAUGAUAAUCAAAGUGAUUAUCAAAAAGCCAUUUGGCACUACGACAAAGCACUUGAAAUCUAUCAAAAAACUCUUCCCUCAAAACAUCCAUCAUUCGCUGUUUUACACAACAAUAUUGGUUUGGUGUAUAACAAGUUGGGAGAGUACUCAAAAGCACUUUCACUUUACAAAAAAGCACUUGAAAUUCAACAAAAAACUCUUCCUCCAAAUAACCCUCAUUUGGUUACUUCUUACAACAACAUUGGUAGUGUGUAUGACAACAUAGGAGAGCAGUCGAAAGCACUUUCAUAUCACGAAAAAGCACUUGAAAUUCAACAAAAAACUCUUUCUUCAAAUCACCCUGAAUUGGCUACUUCAUACAACAACAUCGGUAGUGUGUACGAGCACAUGCGAGAGUACUCAACAGCACUUUCACUUUUCGAAAAAGCACUCAAAAUUCAACAAAAAACGCUUCCGCCAAAUCAUCCUUCAUUGGCUAUUUCACACAACAACAUUGGUUUGGCGUAUGACAACAUGGGAGAGUACUCAAGAGCACUUUCAUAUCACGAAAAAGCACUUGAAAUUGAACAAAAAACUCUUUCUUCAAAUCACCCUGAGUUGGCUACUUCAUACAACAACAUCGGUUUGGUGUACAUGAACAUGAGAGAGUAUUCAAGAGCACUUUUACUUUUCGAAAAAGCACUUGAAAUUUAUCAAAGAACGCUUCCUCCAAAUCAUCCUACAUUGGCUACUUUAUACAACAACAUCGGUUGGCUGUACGAACACAUGAGAGAGUACUCAAGAGCACUUUCACUUUACGAAAAAGCACUUGAAAUUUAUCAAAGAACUCUUCCUCCAAAUCAUCCCAAUUUGGUUACUUCUUACAACAACAUUGGUAGUGUGUAUGACAACAUAGGAGAGCAGUCGAAAGCACUUUCAUAUCACGAAAAAGCACUUGAAAUUCAACAAAAAACUCUUUCUUCAAAUCACCCUGAGUUGGUUACUUCAUACAACAACAUCGGUAGUGUGUAUAAGCACAUGGGAGAGUACUCAAAAGCACUUUCAUAUCACGAAAAAGCAUUUGAAAUUCAACAAAAAACUCUUUCUUCAAAUCAUCCUGAUAUGGCUAUUUCUUAUAACAACAUCGGUUGGCUGUACGAACACAUGCGAGAGUACUCAAAAGCACUUUCACUUUACGAAAAGGCACUUGAAAUUGAGCAACAAACUCUUUCUUCAGAUCAUCCUGAUUUGGCUACUUUAUACAACAACAUCGGUAGUGUUUAUAAGCACAUGGGAGAGCACUCAAAAGCACUUUCAUAUCACGAAAAAGCACUUGAAAUUCGACAGAAAACUCUUUCUUCAGAUCAUCCUGAUUUGGCUACUUCAUACAGCAACAUCGGUAGUGUCUAUAAGCACAAGGGAGAGUACUCGCAAGCACUUUCAUAUCACGAAAAAGCGUUGAAAAUUCGAGAAAAAACUCUUUCUUUAAAUCAUCUUGAUUUGGCUAAUUCGUACAACUACUGCGCUGAUUUGUAUUAUAGUAUGAAAGACUAUUCGAAAGCACUAUCAUAUUUUGAACGUACCUUGAAUAUAUAUCAGCGUGCAUUACCUGCAACUCAUCCUGAUGUUAAAGAUGUGAAAAAGAGCAUUGAAUUUGUAAAAAAAGAAAUUAUAAAGAAUAGUUGA